AUGUUUCCAAACCGUGCGCCUGUGAGAGGUCUUAUUGGCGACAUAUGGGACGCCAAGGUUCGCGGGAAAGCUAUGGUCAUGUUUGCUGUCGCUCCAUAUGCAGGCCCAUCCUUAGGGCCCGUGGUUGCCGGCUGGAUCUUUUGGGUUUUGACUAUCUUCGCAGGGGUCUGUCUCGCUGUGGUGGCGUUCACGAUGCCAGAGACAUAUAUCCCUGUCCUUCUCGCCACCAAAGCGCACAAACUCCGCCAGUCUACCAAGGACGAUAGAUACUAUGCACCCAUGGAAGCAAAUACGCUACCCUUGGGACAACGUGUGGAGUCAACUCUGUCUAAACCGUUCAAGUUACUCUUUCUGGAACCAAUGAUGAUGGCGACGGCUCUUUACAUGAGUUUCAUGUUCGGAACAAUCUAUCUACUCUUCGAAGCCUACCCCAUAGUGUUCACACAAGACCACCAUCUGGAUGCAGGUGUAUCUGGUUUGGCCUUCCUCCCCAUCUCUAUCGGCGCCGCCUGUGGAGCGAUUGUUUACCUCAUCGUGUUCGAACCACGAUACGAGCGUUACAUCACUGAAUAUGCUCCAAACCUCGUCCCUCCCGAAAAGCGUUUGGAGAUGGCUAUGUGGGGAGCACCCCUAUUCUCAGUCGGGUUUUUCUGGUCUGGUUGGACAUCCUACCCUUCAAUAUCAUUCUGGUCGCCACUCGUGGCGGGUGGGUUGAUUGGCAUGUCUAUUUUUCUCAUCUCGCUGCCUUUGUUCAGUUACAUCAUCGACACCUAUCUCUCUGUGGCGGCAUCAGCGCUCGCCACAUUCGUCCGUAGUCUUUUCGGCGCGGCAUUCCCACUGUUCGCCACGCAGAUGUACGAGAAGUUGAACCCACGAUGA